CAAUGAUUUGGGCGCAAUAGGCACGCCGGCGAGUCCCAUUUGGGAUUUCUCGGCAUCAGAAAUCUAAUCAUUUUUUGCCAAUGGCCAAUGGGCGGCAAACCUUGCGUUUUCCCUCCCAGCCCUUGGUUUAUGGGUGCAGCAACAUGUAGUCCGUAACAAAAAGGCCUGCACAAAAAGCACGCACAAAUCCACCACUUUCUGCUGCCAUUGCAUUUGAUGACAAGGGCUCUUGUUGUCCACUGGGGGAUAGUCGCACCUUAUAGAGGCGCAGGUACCGGUAGCACUAGAUAACAGUCAAGAAUCAAAGAGAAAAGAAAUGUAUCUCGAGAUAACUGACGAGGAGGACGUGGUCGAUGCGAUCGUCCAGAUCAACUCCAAGUGUGAUGAAGGAGACGAUGGAUCAUCUUGCUGUGCCGUGAACCACCUCCAGAUUCAGCUCGAGUCACCAUUACAACAUCUCCCUCCAGCAUCCUUAAGGCGUUUUUUUCAAGUUGUGCGAACGAAACUACCCGAUACUCCCGUCGAACUACACAUUGCGUCGUCUUCUUCGUUAGACGCUUCGGUAAACCCUCCUUUGGGAUCAAGCAGCAGACCCAAUACAACAAGUACAGAAGCUCUGAGCCUUAUUCUGAGACUGGUACCCAAUCUACAUUUGCUGGAACUGUGCGAGGUGACUCUGGAUGGAGGCCCUGAUUUGGAAGGUUUCAAGCAGGCCAUUGUGGCACAGCAAGGUCUUACACACGUAUACCUUCGCAAUGUCCAGCAUGCCAACAACAACAUCGACCUAAGACCACUGGCAGAAGCUCUCUCGGAACUCCCUAAGUUAAAAGCCCUCGAGCUUUACCAGGUCCAAUUCUACUCCGAUUCGGCGCUCAACGCACAGGCGCUGGCUCUGAUUGCUCAAUCCUGCCAUGCCACGAGAUUGGAGAUUAUGCCAUGUGAACGACACAACAUUCAAGAACAAGGAUUGGCCAUUGGGGAAGGGUUGCUGCAAAACACACGGGAAAGGCUACAGGAACUGGCGCUCCUGACCAAGAUUUCACCGAAACAGUCUGUCAUGUAUGAAGAUGCCGUGAUUGCAUCGUUGGCUCGUUUCGUCCUUGCAUCUUCCAACCUCCAAAGACUGCAACUGAAUGUUUGCGAAACCAUCAACUUGGUUCCUCUAGCAGACGCAUUGAUGCACAACACAAGCUUGACCACCCUGGCAAUUUGCUGGGAUCGUUGUGCUGUAACAAGCCAACGGCUUCAAUACCCAUGGAAACACCGAUUCACACAAACUGCAAGACAAAGGAACCAGUCUCUACGGCGCAAUAUUCAGGCUUGGCGGCGCGUCUUGAAAGACCACAACUUUGGUCUGGAACGACUGGACAUCACCAUGAAAGAUUGUCACGGUGUCUUUGGCCAGGAAUGGAAAGACUCCGAGAUAGAAUUCUGGUUGCAGUUGAACCGGUUGGGGAGACAAACGGUGCUCCGAGAGCAAUCCAAGGCGAACGAUUGGAUCUCCACGUUGAGCAAGUGCAAGGACGACACGAGUUCUUUGUUUUACUUUCUCUCGGAACAGCCACGGCUGUGCUUUGAGUCAACAACGGUGUCCACAAGAGUCAAUAGUAGUCGGAGGCCAAGGACGGAGAUGAAACAAAGUAACUUCAGCGGGCCAAAGGGGAAACGGCAGCGUAUCAGAUAGUGUGAGGCUGAGGCUGUUUUAUAUACAUGUAUUUGUGUGCUACAUGAUUAUCGGUAUUUGCACGGAUGAUUAAAGUUAUAUAGGCUACAAGCUUUGGG